AACACUUCGGCUUAUUCUCUCACCCACGUGGCAUGCAAAACGAGAAUGGAGACUGACAGCAAAGCCAAAGCUCAUCGCAAGAGGCAAUCAGGGCCUAAGGCGGAGAAGAAAAAGAAGAAGAAGAGCACUGAAGAGGGAUCCAACCCAAAAGCUUUCACCAACAAGUCAGCGGUCCGAGCUGCUCGUGCUGUGAGGAGGAACUUGGACAAUGAGAGCAAGAGAACACAUGUUCCCGUUGUGGACAGGACGCCGUUGGAACCUCCCCCUAUGUGUGUGGCCAUUGUGGGACCCCCCAGGGUGGGGAAAACCCUCCUCCUUCAGUGCCUGCUCAAGAACUACACUCGACAGAAUCUGACUAGUCUCCGUGGACCCAUCACCGUGGUGUCUGGUAAGAAGAGGAGACUGACCUUCAUUGAAUGCGGGAAUGACCUCAACUCAAUGAUCGAUGUUGCCAAAGUUGCAGACCUGGUCCUCCUAUUGGUCGAUGCCAGCUUUGGUUUUGAGAUGGAGACAUUUGAGUUCCUCAACAUUCUUCAAGUGCAUGGCUUCCCCAAGGUCAUGGGUGUGCUCACUCACCUUGACAUGAUAGCUAGUGCCAAGACUGUCAAGAAGACUAAGAAAAGACUCAAGCAGCGAUUCUGGACUGAGAUAUAUCAGGGUGCUAAAUUGUUUUACUUGGGUGGUCUUAUCCACGGGCAAUACCCAAAGUCUGAAGUACACAAUUUGGCUCGGUUCAUCUCUGUGAUGAAACUACCCCCCCUGGAGUGGCGGGGGGCACAUCCCUACGUUUUUGUGGACAGGAUGGAGGAUAUGACUGAGCCAGAGGAGAAGAGGGUCAACCCUAAGUGUGACCGGAGAGUGUGUCUCUAUGGUUACACAAGAGGAGCUAGUCUCAAGCCAAACACUGCUGUACACAUACCAGGUUGUGGAGACUAUGUACUGUCGGAGGUGAGUGUUCUCCCUGACCCUUGCCCGCUGCCUGAUGCUAGUAAGAAACGCUCGCUCAACGAGAGAGAGAAGCAGGUCUACGCUCCCAUGGCCGGAGUGGGCGGGGUCGUCUAUGACAAGGAUGCGGUCUACAUAGAGCUGGCGGGUAGCCACGCCCACGAGGGAGCGGAGUCAGCCCCUAACGAGCUCGUCUCUUCCCUGAUGGAUACACGACACCCUCUAGACAUCAAGAUGAAACAAGCACAAGUCACGCUCCUCAAGGACAGCCUGCCCAUUCUCUCAGAGGAUCUCUCCUCCGCCCGACGUCAGGUGCUCUUCUCUGAUGGUGAAGGAAACGUGUCUGGUAGUGAGGGAGAUGUUGAGACUGAGGGUAGUGAUGACGAUGGCGGUAGGAGUGGUCGACAGUCGAGGCAUAAGAAGACCUCUCCUGUGAGAGGUGAUGAUGGCUCCAGUAGCGAGGAAGACGACCAAUCAGAUGUCAAGAGGAGUAGCGACCAAUCAAACAAGAGCUGGCGACUGUUAGCCUGUACAAAACAACGAGCCCGUUCAAAUUCGUACGAUAGUAUUGAACAAUCCUCAACAACACUCAGUGAAGCGCAGGAUAUAUCGGAGACAUCUGAUGUGGGUGUAUCUGGUUUCCUUGACGACGAGGCGGAGGAGGGCUCGCUGAGCAGUGAAGUUGUGGAGAGUGAGUGGGAGGCUAGUGGAGAGAGUGACAGUUGUGAGGGCGGUGGAGGGUUUAUUGUUGACGAAGCCAAAGAGGAACAAGUUUAUCGUGCUCGCAAGAAACGUCGAAGAGCUCUUAUCGAUAGUGAUUCAGAGCCGGAGGUGGAAGUGGGCGGAGUCAAGAGACGAGCGUACAUUGCUGACUCUAGUAGCAAUGAGGAGGAUGUAAAUAACGAAAUGGAAAAUCCAGUGCUGAAAGAAACAGAAAAAGAGCCUCCUUCUAGCUCAGAGGAUGAAGACAGCGAGAGUCUCUCUGAGAUGGAAUCGAAGUCGGAAGUGAAGGAAGGAUUGUUGCAAAGAGCAGAAGAAGCUUACAAGAGACGUAUCUCAGCUACCACCAACCUCCAUAAACUUAUCUACUCAAACACACCCAAUAUCAAUAGUGAAAGCGAAAGUGAUUCUGAUGCCCCCCCUCAAGUUGGUGGCCUCUUUAAAGUUGCUCAGAAACAGCGUCUGUCACUAUAUCACCAUAAUGAUUCGUCACUGGUCACCGUAGCAACGAGACGAGACUGGUCCGUACCCGAAAAUGUAGCUGCUAUCAAAUGUCUAUUUGUCACGGGAAGCUGGGGCGAUGAAGAUGCCAAAACUUUGUUGGCUGAUGAUGACGCAUUGUAUGGCGAUUUCGAAGAUCUAGAAACAGGCCACACCCACACUGAAGGAGACAAAGAACAAGUAGAAGAAGAGACGGAGGAACAGAUUGCCAAGAAACGUGCCGAGAAAAAACUAAAAAAGAGAGCAGCAUUUGAUUCUCAGCAAGACAACGAGGAAGGUGGCACUUACCUUGAUGAUCUGAAGAGGGAGGUCUCGGAGGUGGAGCAGAGGAAUAAGGCGGAGUUUGAGGGCCUGGACGAGGGAACGAGACAGCUACUAGAGGGAAUCCGGCCCGGGAGCUAUGUACGCAUGGAGCUCAAGAGUGUGCCGUGUGAGUUUGUGGUGAACUUUAACCCCUGUUACCCGGUGCUGGUGGGCGGGAUGUUGCCGGGGGAGGGGAGAAUGGGGUACAUAAGAGUUCGAAUAAAGAAACAUCGCUGGGCAAAAAGAAUUCUCAAGUCCCAUGACCCGUUGAUCCUCUCUCUGGGCUGGAGGCGGUUUCAGACCACACCCAUUUACUGUGUUGAGGACCACAACAUGCGGCAGAGAAUGGUCAAAUACACACCAGAGCAUCUUCACUGUGUGGCCACAUUCUAUGGUCCACUGACAUCACCUGGUGCCGGGUGUUUGGGAGUACAGUCCCUCACCUCAACAGCCUCUUCUGACUUUCGUAUUGCUGCCACCGGGGUGGUUCUGGAACUAGACAAGUCCUCGUCAAUCGUCAAGAAGCUUAAGUUGAAUGGCACUCCGUGUAAAAUCUUCAAGAACACUGCCUUCAUCAAGGGCAUGUUCAACAGUGCUCUGGAAUGUGCCAAAUUCGAGGGUGCCGCUGUGAGAACAGUUAGCGGGGUCAGAGGUCAGAUCAAGAAAGGGCUGCGGGCGCCAGAGGGUGCAUUCAGAGCGACCUUUGAGGAUAGAAUUCUAAUGAGCGAUCUUGUGUUCCUGAGGGCGUGGUAUCCUGUGAACAUUCCAAAGUAUUACAAUCCAGUCACCUCUCUGCUCAGCAAGGACAAGAGCACUUGGAAUGGAAUGCGGACAGUCGGUCAGAUCCGGUACGAGACUGACACCAAAGCUCCCGUGAAAAAGAACGCCAAGUACAAGCCGAUUGUGAGAGAAACGAGACGCUUCAACCCCCUGAGGGUACCCAGAGCUCUACAGCGACAACUACCCUUCAAAUCAAAGCCCAAGCAAAGUGAGAAGCGUAAAGAGAAGACACUGUCCUCAAAACGAGCUGUUGUUCUGGAGCCGAAUGAGAAGAAGGUUCUCACUCUCAUGCAGCAGCUGGCUACUCUGCACAGAGACAAGACUAAGAGAAGACAGGCCAAACAGGACGCUCGAUACAAGGACCAUCUGGCUGCCAAGGAAAAGGAGGAAGUAAUAAAAGUAAAGAAGACUCGUGAGCUGAAGAGAGAGUUUUAUCGUGAGCUGGGUAAAGCUCAGCAGAAAAUGACCAAAAGAAAGACUCGAGACAAAUAACUACAAUUAAUUUUUGUGAUUUAGUACUAUAGAUCUGCACUAAUUAUGAAGUCUUUUGACCACGUCAUAA